AUGUUCGUGCUGCCCGUGUCACCUCACUCGCCGAACUCAUUGGCCGUCCCAAUGGACAAGAUGCGACUCACCAAUCGAUACCUGGAGUGGCACUUUGGCGAAACACCUGUCCCCGUCGAGUCGAUGCUCGUUCACAUUGAGGGAGCCAAGGUGAUGGCGCGUCGUGCUGACCACGCCGUUGACCUAAUGCUCACCACUCAGCCAUUCUCCAUCGACAUAGACCUGCAGUCACUCGAUCAAACAUACAUCAACACUGUUGAAGUGCUCAACAGUGAUCAACAACCAACGGUUGUAGAUGUACGCAUAUCGCCACUGUGUCUGGACGUCAACGAGCACGACUUUGGAUUCGUUUGUGACAUUGCCGCACAACACUUCCGCUCGAUGGACGACAUGCCAAAGCUCAAACUGCGACGCGCCAACCCUUACCUGCUCGACCAUCUCCUGUCCUUGGCUGCACAAUCAACGUCACAAAAAAUCCUGGACAUCAAUGGAAUGCGGGUCAAUCUUCACAUUGACCAACUACUUCUGCAGCUACAUGGACAGGGCGCCUCACGCGACCCAUUCGCCGAUGUCAACCUCCACAACGUUGACAUUCACGUCGAUCUGCCCACGGUCGCGCGACUCAAACAGAUGCAUGUGGCAGGCGCAGUCAAGCAGUUGGAGGUGUAUGAUCGUCGUCAUCAGUUCAAUCACGACACCUCGUUCAAUGAGCGCAUGUUCUACAGCUAUCAAGACACCUCGAUGAUCGACUUCACAUAUCUCUCGUUCAAUACCAAGUCGCCAAUGUUCCCGCGCGAUACCCAAAAGCACUCCACACUGAUGAACUUCAACAUGCACAACCUGCACACAAUGGCCUACCCCGCAUUCCUACUGCGUGUCUGGGACUACGUAGUCGUGUCCUUCACAUCUGGUAUCGGUGGCUACAAGCUGGACAAGUACAAGCCUGUCGACACUGUUGAUCACGCCCAUGGCCGCAUCGAAGGAGAACCUGACAGUAGCAGCAUUGGUCGAAUGAAGAUGAUCGUGAACUUUGAUCAUCCCGUCAUUCAGAUGCUGCAAGACUACAACGCUGUGACUGAUCGCAAGCCGUAUGUGACGGCACGACCACGCUCUCUAUCGCUCACCAAUGACUUUGAGAAGUUGAGCGACAUUGAGGCACUCAUGCGCCAAUCAGAGUACUCAGAGACGAUGAAGGUCACCCUGCAGGACACUACAUUGCUGUUGCAUCAAUCAAACGACUCAGAGAUCGUAUGUGCAACAAACUAUGACAUCAACAUCAUCAUGGAGUCCAAACCCCUGAUCAACUAUGGAGAGAUCACAUCGAAUGCUUCGAACUCAUACGCACUCCACACCAACACAUUGCGACUCAAGGUUGAUGAGCGCCAGUUUGACGCAUUCUAUCGCUGUCUGAAUCACUCGAUUGAGUGUCAGUACCAACUGGAUCACGCCACCCAAUCAGUGUUCUUGCGUCCAAACCACAAGAUCGCCUCAACAGACAUGUUCAUCGACUUGCAGCAACAAUCUGUCAUCUUUGAUCUGUGUCCGCUGGGCUCAGACCAAGUGCACACAACUCUCACACUCAAUGACCUAAAGGUAGACACGGCAAUCCUGUUUGAGAAGGGAUUGAAUGUUGUAUCGACAAUAUCAAGCCUGCGCUUGGAUGACACUCUGAACGCUACAGCAUCUCCCGCACGCGUGCCAAUCAUGGACAUUCCCAACAUCCUUUCAUUCACCUACAAGACACACAACAAACGUUCGGAUGAUGGUUGGGACAGCGAGCUCGAGUGCAUCAUCAAUGGAGCCAGUAUAUCAUCAAUGCCAUUUGAUCAUUUGAUGCGAGUCAAGCGCGUCAUUGUGGACACCUACAAUAACAACCCAUUGGCUCAGCGACCAACCCUCGAGGUUCGCCCAGCACCUCGCAUGCGAAUGUCCACCAAGAUCAAGAACAAGACCAUCACGUUGUUCGACCCGUCACAUAUGGACCAGGACCGUGAUCAAGUCAAGAUCACCAUCCCCUUGCUAGAGCUGAGCAACAACUCUGUCAGACAAUCAUUCGCCGACAUCCCAGUAGAUCUCGAGCAAUGGACGUACAACAUCUCAUCACUCUCCUGUGUUUUGAGUCGUGGCGACACCUCCCUGAAGUUAUUGGACGGCCUCCAUAUGCUUGUGCGAUCCGACACAAUCAGAGACUACGACGACUUCCUGCGUUCGAUGGAGGAACUCGUAUUGUCCUCAUCAGACACCUCCACCAUCCCGCCAACAUCCACCACGGACAUCACACUGCCAGCACUCAAUCUCAGGCUGUCCAAGGAGAACUGUGCAUUCCUCAACCGCAUCUACACCAGCUAUCAGAGGUCUGUUGCCACUACCGAUGUUGUUGCGCCCCCACCGCGCAAGGUCGAGACGAAGAAGGGACACUUUGACGCCAUGUCAUCAAUUGUCACCCUUCAUCAAGACUCAUUCACUGUUGUACUGACCGAUGGCAAGCACGGUCUGGCCACGAUGGCGAUCAAGAACAUAGAAGCAACCCAACGUGUGUUCCGGGUUCCGCGACCAGAUGGAUCAACCACCUCCAUCACUGGCCAGUUGAAGUCAUUCAGACUCACAGACAAUCGACGCGAGAUGGUACAGUCCAAGUUCAAAAAGAUUGUCGAGACAUCAUCGCCCAUCCACUUCACCUUCAAGCCAGACCUUUACAGCGCAGACACAUUGUGGACGCAACAUCUCGAGCUCAAUCUGCAUGGCCUUACCAUCACUCCAUUGUUCAGCCUGUUCACAGACAUCCAGUCAUGCUUCAAGAUUGAAGAUGAGGCAGCUCUGGCCGUAGUACCAGCUUCAUCGUCCAAGCUCAAGUUCGAUGUCACUCUGCAAGCGGCCAAGAUUAUCCUGCCCCUGAACAUUGAGCAGGAGGACUGCAUGCAUGCCGACAUCGAGGAGUUGAUCAUCUCCAAUGCAUACUUGGACAAGCAGCACUACAUCACCGAUCAGACAUCGAUGAGGAUCAACAAGUUCUCACUGGUCACUCACAUCCAAGACGCAGGACAACUACUCAUCAGCUCAAAGAUCCUCGCCGACCUCAAUCUAGACAUCACCAACAAGGCUACCAAGGCGACAACGGUGAUUCAAGACCCAGUUCAACAACAAUCAGCAGGUACCAUCCCCGUCGCACUGUGCACAGUGUUGGACUUUGGCAACAUCCAUUUCAACUUCACGUGUCAAGAAUACUUGUUCAUGUACAAUGUGAUCAACGCCACACUCAAGCGAUACUAUGAGUAUGUGCAUGGACCUUAUGGCGCGCCCAUCGUGUUGUCCGAGUCUGAUGCUGAGCAUAGACGCAACACACUACCCGCGCAUAUUGAGAUGAAUGUUCAGUGCAGCAUCCAGAUGCUCAAGAUGACAAUGCACAGCCAGCACCACCCCUCAUCUGAGCUCAUGUUGAAGCGUAUGAUCAUUGGCGCCGACAUGUCACAACAGAAGAUGGUAGUGAGUGGCACCGCCAAGGACCUCGCUAUUCUAUGUGGCAGCGGCUUCAACAGUCUGUACAAUGAGGUUCUGUCCAAGGUUACAAAGAGCAAGCAGUUCUUCUCCUUCAAGUACAUAUCAUAUGCUCCACUGUGCCAGCCUGAGGGCUCUGACUGGGACGCCGAGUACUCAGUCGACCUGUCCUCCAUCGACGUAGUCUCGAUGAUUGGAAGCAUCAUGCGCGUCAAGGACUUUGUCAUGGAGCCCCUCUCCACCCCCAUCGUCGCCCCGCCCCACGCCCCAGUGCGCGGACGCCCUUCACGCAUGAAGCAGAUCGUCAACAUGGAGCCUUGGACUCUGCUAAUCCCUGCGACUGACACCAGCCACGACGCCGUCACCAUGAGCUUUGGCACAACCACACUCACAAACUUCUACCGCUUUGUGCUGGCCGGUCAGGACGCACAGCAACAGCAGCUUCACAACGUGGAGGUUCUUCACCUAGACAUCGCCAGUUUGGACCUGUUCACAAUACGAGAAGGCAAUCGUGUGACCAUUUCCAAUCACGCCACCUGCACUGUUGACAUUGAGCGACUGUAUACAAUUGACAACCGAGUGAUUGAGGACCAGCGAAUGUUGGUGCGCAUCCCAGCUCUCGAGCUCAUUCUCUGCGAGGAGGACUACCGCUUCCUCAACUUUGUGUUCACCAGCGAUUGGAUGAGAUUUUCCACCGACCAAAACAGGCGCCCGCCCAUUGCACCGCCCGUGCCCCGCAUGGUUGGCCACAAGCUGGUGUACGUAGCGCCCGAGUAUGACGAUCAGAUGCACACUUCCGAGAAUCAGUUCUCCUCGCCAGUUGGCUUCAUCGAUCUUGCCAAGGAUGACUCGAGACAAAUGACCAUGUUCUGCGAUAUUGGACACCUGUCGAUGGCCAUCAGCCAUUUGGACGCGAUGCUCGACCCCAUCGCCUCGCUAGAGAUUGGCCAGGUCAAUCUGAACUAUUACAUGUUCCGCAAUGGCAUAGUUCGCAUGGAGAUGACUGUGAAGCAAGUGCAGCUGGUUGAUGAGCGUCACUCCUCUGACUCUGUGUUCAAGGAGAUCUUGACUCGAAAGUACCACGCCAACUACGACGCCCCACACCUCUACGUCGAGUCCCUGAUCGACUCGCGCAAGAGCAGGAACUUUGUCACCAUCCAUUGCGACCACCCCAUGCUAUUCGUGUCGCCCGACUCCAUCUUGCCCAUUCUUGCCUUCUUCUCCUCUAUCCAGAAGCCGACCAAGUAUCAUCGUUUCUUGUUGGACCAAAAUCACAGUAACAGUCCAGCAUCGUCGUCAGCAUCGCCUCCUACCGUGCCCGGCAACUUCUUCCGUCUGUACCUCAAGGUAACCAAGCCCAAGAUGCUGCUUGUGGAGAAUGAGACACAGCAGAGCACUCGUGCUAUCGUCAUCAAGAUGCCAAUUGAGUUCCAUUACUCCCGAUCGCCCGAGAUGAACCAGACGAUGGAGAUGAAGGCGCCCAGGUGUCGUGUGUUCCGUAAUACCCCAUUCACAGACAAUGAGGGCACAUCGUCCACGCCCAUCACCAACAAGUUCUCAUUCGACUUCAUUCUGUUGCACUUCUCCGAGAAUGAUCAGCGCACGAUCAAGAUCACCUUCCAGCCACUCAACAUCUUCCUCUCGUACAAGGAGAUCCUGCUUAUCAAUCGAAUCGUCAACAACCUUACAGUCAAGGACAGCAAUGUGGCCGCGAACAACAGUAGUGGCAACCUGCAGCAACAAUACCAGCAGGCAGGCGGCUCGUCCACACCCAACUCACAGGUUGGAUCGCCCGUACCCGCGCCCCUCGCUGCCGACGACUUGUUCAUUGACCCUCUCCCGUUGGAGGAACCAGCGCAAGAGCCACCCUCUAUUUCAAGCACGAGCUCAGACAAGUCCAAGAGAUCAAACAGGAAGCGUGACGCCCCCAAGGGCCCAGUCAAGGGCAGGUCACUUCGCGCGCCAGUCCGGCCCGAGGACUCAUUCAAGUUGAUGCACAAGACUCGCGCCAAGCUUGACUUUGUUGGCCGUGUCAAUCUCACUCUGCUCGACGAGCUGCACGCAGUCACACUCCAGGACAUCCCAUUCCUGCAGCUGACCAUGGGCGACCUGUCCAGCGACUUCUGGGGCUGGGCCGACUACAGCUUCCUGCAAAUCAAGUGUCUGCUCAAGGUGGAGGUGUUCAAUUACAAGCACAUGGCAUUCGAUUCACUCGUGGAACAAUUCCCGCUGCAGAUCCACAUACUCCAGUCCGAGGACCCGCGUCUCAAGAUCAACGUGCGCACCUCAGACUUGGUCAACAUCAACAUCUCACAUCCAUUCAUUUCAUCGUUCGCACGAUUCUACGAGAACAUUCAGGUGACCAAUGAGAAGGAGUUGAAGGAGCGCAAGUCUGCCUCGCGAAAGUCGCUACACAUUGAUGCGCCACAGAACAACAACAACCUGCAACAAGGUGAUCCAGACGAAGGAUCGUCCAGCUCCACAUCCAGUCAUGACAAGCCACAGCUCAUGUCUCCACGAUCGACCAAGCCACUAUCCAUCCCAACCUCUCCAACACAUUCGCGAACCAAUUCAAUGUCAUCCAUUGGCUCCGUUGGCUCGCUAAUGGAUCUGGUCUCGCCGACCAAGACCAUCGAGACCGUACGAUGGAAGCGUCAGGAAGUGGCGCCCGCCGUCAUCGAGAAGCCAUCGCUCUCAUCGAUGAUCAUAGCGCACAGGAACCGCGACUCGAUGAAGUCCUCAGUGAUUGCAUCCAACAUCAACACCAAGCAACAUCGACGUCUAAUGUCCAGCUCGUCCAACGCGCAACAGUUGUUCAAUACAAUGUCGCAACACGUCAUUUGGAUUGUCAACCUCACAGGCAAGGACAUCAUGUACUACGUGGAGGAGCUUCAACUCCAACAACAGCCCAGCAAGCAAGAUCUGAUGCGCACUGGCAGUCGCCAUAACCUCAGUGCGUCCAGCUCAACCGUCUCCCUGCCCUCAAUCCCCGAGGACAAUGCGGGCAGUAGCAGCAGCAGCGGCAACAACUCAGGCAAGACAAACAGGAAAUCAGUGUCAUUGGCCAAUCGCCAGAUCCAUGUGCUCAAGAACAUGGAGAAGAGCCCACUUGAGCUCAACUCGGUACUGUUCAAGACGCGCGACUUCCGCACACUGGGCUCCCUCAACGCUCACAUUGCGCUCAAGUUCACCGACUCGGAGCAGGAUCAGUGGAUACACGGCGUGUCGAUCAACAUGAUGGGCGACAACUUCUACUUCAUCCCGCACGGCAACAAGACCAACAUCAUCGUGUGCGAGGUAGGCUGGAACGAGUCCAACGAGAACAAGAUCGCCACACUGCGCUCACCCGUCAUUGUCAAGAACUCAUGCACCAUCCCCGUCGAGCUACUGCUGGCCACGGAAGACAAUGAGGAACAUCACAUCUUUGGCCCGAUCGCUGUACACGAGAACUUCUACGUACCCGUCGAGUUCUUCAAUCACACCAGCAAACUGUCGAUGCGCCCAGCUGGCACGGACUUUGACUUUGACCUGGCACACGCGCUCGACCUUGUUGACUCGGCAUCCUGGCCAUCCGCCCACCUGUUCGCGCCAUUCAAGGAGAACAAAGCAGUGGGCACGAGCAGCCACCACUCAUACACCUCGCUACAGGGCAUCUUCCAUCGUUUCCACAUGGCCACGCUGAUACAGGCCGGCAUUCGCUGCGAGAAGACUGGUCUGAUCUCCACCACCCUCGUUGUGUGUCCACCCGUCAUCAUUGAGAAUGCUUUGUACUGCGACAUCAAUGUGCGUGUCCACAGCCACAGCGAACGCAAGCGUAAUAAGUCCGACUACAAGCGAUCAAUCGAACAGCAUCCCCCCGCUAUGAUCCAGGCGGGCAAGCAGAUCCCAUUCUACACGCACGCUGAGAAUGAUGUCGGAGUAACCAUAUCGUUGCGCGGCCUUGGCAAGGAGCAGUACUUCCACCUGCACUACAUGCUCGACACGACGCCACAUGUGUUUGACAAGUCGGAUGACAGCAACUUCACGCAGGAGGUCACGUACACGAUGCUCGAGACGGGAUACCCACUGGUGCUCAAGAUCGACCAUCGUUUCGAGGGCGGCUGCCACAUUGCCACUAUCUACGCAGCUAACACCAUCACCAAUCACACGAUGAUCCCAUUCGUCAUGCGUCCCACCGUGUCUGGUCCCAAGACCGUCCCUAUCCUCAUUCUCGAGUCCAAUGAGAAUGCCCUGAUGCUCUCGCAUGACAAGUUCACCCUGUCGCAUCCAUCGUUCCCCGACAUCAACUCGAGGGAGUUUGACAUCUUGCUAGGCAAGGAGGACAUCAUCGAGCUACAGCUGCAUGGCCACGACACGAUGCAGCUGCAAUUCAAGGUGUUUGUGUCCACGGGCAACAGCGUCUACUUCCGAACGCGUCGUGUCGACAUCUAUCCGCGCUUUUGCCUGGUCAACAAGAUCCCCGAGACCAUCUUCUACACCCAGUACUCAAAGGAUGUAAAUCGCAUGGCCAAGGAGCGCCACGUGCUGCGUCCCGACGAUCAGACGCCAUUCCACUGGUUCAACGGCUUUGACGAACAACAGAUCUCUAUCAAGCUCGAGGAGGACGAGUGGACAUGGUCAGGUGGCGUUCGCAUCGACACGGUCGGCACCAACUACCUCAAGCUAUUCAACUCCAAGGAUCGCACCAUUGAGCGAGCCAUCAAGGUCGAGGUCAUCGAUUCCAACGAGUCCACCAUGGUGGUGUUCUAUGCGAUUGAUCAUCAACUGCUACCCUUCCACAUCAAAAAUGAUACACAGCUCACCAUCUCAUUCGUGCAGCUCUGUCCACAGGCCAAGAAGUACAUCCUCAAGCCUGGCGAGAGCGCACACUACACAUGGGAUCAUCCCUGUCUCGACCAGAAGCUGGUUGUUUGGAUUGAGAGUUCAUCAACGCCCAUCGAGAUCAAUCUGAACAAGAUCAAAGCCUUCAAGCCUAUCAAGUACAAUAACCAGUUCAUAUUCCCCGUGUCACAGGCUGUGAAUGGUAUCACUCGUGAGCUCACUUUUUCACAUCAUCAUGAGGAAGAGAAGGUCCUUGAUAUGAUCGAAUUCGCAAUCGAGUUCUCAUUCGAAAGACUUGGAUUCUCAUUCAUCAAUGAUGUUCCAGAGGAGUUGAUCUAUAUCCUCUUGAAGGAUUGUUCAUUCUGGUACAGCGCAUCAAACAUCACUCACACUACCUGGAUCACAGUCGAUGACAUCCAAGUUGACAACCAAAAACCAGACACUGACUAUCCAGUCAUGCUCUGGUGUGAGAAGAAGCUUGAUGGCAAAUGUCUUCCAUUCCUCGAGUUCUCUGCGAUUAAGCUCAACAAGAAGAACUUUGACUACUAUGACUUGAUUGCCCUGUACAUGAACGAGUUGUACGUACAGAUUGAUGACAUUACAUUGAUCAAUCUCUACUCCUUCUAUUCCAAGCUACCAUUGGACAAGUUCUUCAGAUCCAACUCCAAGGCCAACGUCGAGCAACCAAGCAUGUUCUAUAUCAAAUGGUUGAUAUUUGCAGAGAUCAAGAUCUACCUGACAUUCAGUAUAUCCAGAGAUGGUAUCCUUAGCCACUACAAUCGUCUCCCAGCACUCAGACUAUUGGUCCCUUCACUUGGCAAGUCACUUGGACAGCUUGAGAAUGCACCACUCACAAUCAAUCAGCUUGGCAUCAAGAAUGUGUUCACGACUCAUGCUAGACUACAGGAACAGCUAUACGCACACUACUCGAAGCAGAUGAGGAGACAGGUUCACAUCAUUCUUGGAUCGUCCAGCAUCUUUGGCAGUCCCGUUGUGUUGUUCAACACAAUCAGCACUGGAAUGACAGAGGCCAUUGAGGAGCCCAUCAAGGGAUCAAUCCUACUGAUGAAGAGGAUACUCUACGCCGUGGCCAACAGCUAUGCCAAGCUGUUUGGUACCAUUUCCAACGGCUUUGCAGUCUGGUCCAUGGACGAGACGUACCUCAGGAGACGUGACGCUGAGGAGCGUAUCAAGGCAAAGCACAUUGGUCAAGGUAUCAUACUUGGCACCAAAGGUUUGGCCAUUGGUGUGUUUGAGGGCUUCACAGGUAUCAUCACGCAACCUGUAAUGGGUGCCAUGGAGGACGGCGCCAUUGGAUUCAUGAAGGGCGUUGGCAAGGGCAUUGCAGGUCUUGCAAUCAAGCCAUUCACUGGCAUGCUGGACUUUGCCGCAAGGACAUCAGAAGGCAUCAGGAACAACACCAACAUCAAUCCAGAGAAGUUCAGGAUACGUGUGCCGCGCUACCUCAAUCCACGUGAGCCCAUCCGCGAGUUUGUCGUCGAGGAGUGCGAAGGCAACUUCCUGCUUCGCCAGAACAGCGAGAGCAUCAUCCAACAACAGGGCGUCAAGAAGCUCGAGUACAAGUACCAUCUGUCGCUGCCCGAAUGCACGGUGCUGCUGACGUCCAUGUCGGUGAUCUGUCUGAACAAGAAGGGCACAUACCGCUGGUCGUUCCCAUUGACAGAGAUCUCGCGUAUCGGACAUCCCAAGUCAGGCAAGACCUACCUCAACAUCCAUCUCAAGCGCUACCUCAGAUUCGGCACGUUUAGCUCAAGCAAGAAGAAGGUAUCCAUACAAUGCUACAACGAAGCCGUACUUGUUCAGUUGGACAGCAAGAUCCGUUCAUGUCUCUUCAAGUCCUACGACAUUGACCUCGAUGCAGAGGCCAACGAAGAUGCCGCCAUGCUCACAAUCACUGACAAGAGUACCAAUCUCAAUAAAUAA